CCCACCCAUCCCCGCGCCCCCUCCCUGCUGCGGGUGGAGAUGGCGGAUCCUGCUGAAUGCAGCAUCAAAGUGAUGUGCCGGUUCCGGCCCCUCAAUGAAGCGGAGAUCCUCCGCGGGGACAAAUUCAUCCCCAAAUUCAAAGGCGAUGAGACCGUGGUGAUUGGGCAAGGGAAGCCAUAUGUCUUUGACAGAGUGCUGCCUCCCAGCACGACCCAAGAGCAGGUUUACAAUGCGUGUGCAAAGCAAAUUGUCAAAGAUGUCCUUGAAGGCUAUAAUGGGACGAUUUUUGCAUAUGGACAGACUUCAUCAGGAAAAACGCACACCAUGGAGGGGAAGCUACAUGACCCUCAGCUCAUGGGGAUCAUCCCCAGGAUUGCACAUGACAUCUUUGACCACAUCUAUUCCAUGGAUGAAAACCUGGAGUUUCACAUUAAGGUUUCCUAUUUUGAGAUCUACUUGGACAAAAUCAGGGACCUACUUGAUGUAUCUAAGACAAACUUGGCUGUUCAUGAAGAUAAAAAUAGAGUCCCGUAUGUAAAGGGGUGUACCGAGAGGUUUGUGUCCAGCCCUGAGGAAGUCAUGGAUGUGAUAGAUGAAGGCAAAGCAAACCGGCAUGUGGCCGUAACAAACAUGAAUGAACACAGCUCUAGAAGUCACAGUAUCUUCCUGAUUAAUAUUAAACAAGAGAAUGUAGAGACUGAAAAAAAACUCAGUGGGAAGCUUUAUCUAGUUGAUUUGGCUGGAAGCGAAAAGGUCAGCAAAACCGGUGCCGAGGGAGCUGUUCUUGACGAAGCUAAAAAUAUCAAUAAGUCUUUGUCUGCUCUUGGAAAUGUGAUCUCUGCUUUGGCAGAAGGGACGAAAACACACGUGCCGUACCGGGACAGCAAGAUGACUCGGAUUCUUCAGGACUCUCUGGGCGGGAACUGUAGAACCACCAUCGUUAUAUGUUGUUCUCCGUCUGUCUUCAAUGAAGCUGAGACUAAGUCAACACUGAUGUUUGGGCAAAGAGCUAAGACUAUCAAGAACACAGUCUCCGUGAACCUGGAACUGACAGCAGAAGAAUGGAAGAAGAAAUACGAAAAAGAGAAAGAGAAAAACAAGACUUUAAAGAAUGUUAUCCAGCAUCUGGAGAUGGAGCUAAACAGGUGGAGAAAUGGAGAAGCUGUGCCUGAAGAUGAACAGAUCAGUGCUAAGGACCAGAAGACCCUGGAGCCCUGUGAUAAUACCCCCAUCAUAGACAAUAUCACUCCUGUUGUUGCGGGCAUCUCUGCAGAGGAGAAGGAGAAGUAUGAUGAGGAAAUCUCCUGUCUCUACAGGCAAUUGGAUGAUAAGGAUGAUGAAAUUAACCAGCAGAGCCAGCUGGCUGAGAAACUAAAGCAACAGAUGUUGGAUCAGGAUGAGCUUUUAGCUUCCACGAGAAGAGACUAUGAGAAAAUCCAGGAGGAGCUGACACGUCUCCAAAUUGAAAAUGAGGCAGCCAAAGAUGAAGUAAAGGAAGUCCUCCAGGCCCUGGAAGAAUUGGCUGUCAAUUAUGAUCAGAAGUCACAGGAGGUGGAGGAUAAAACCAGGGCCAAUGAGCAGCUGACGGAUGAACUGGCCCAGAAAACGACGACUUUGACAACCACACAGCGAGAGCUGAACCAGCUACAAGAGCUUAGCAACCACCAGAAAAAGAGGGCCACCGAGAUCCUGAAUUUGCUAUUGAAGGAUCUCGGGGAGAUAGGUGGAAUUAUUGGCACCAAUGACGUGAAAACUUUGGCAGAUGUGAAUGGAGUCAUCGAAGAAGAAUUCACCAUGGCCCGCCUGUAUAUCAGUAAGAUGAAGUCGGAGGUCAAGUCCCUGGUGAACCGCAGCAAGCAGCUGGAGAGCGCCCAGAUGGACUCCAACAGGAAGAUGAACGCCAGUGAGCGGGAGCUGGCCGCCUGCCAACUGCUCAUCUCCCAGCAUGAAGCCAAGAUCAAAUCGCUGACAGACUACAUGCAGAACAUGGAACAGAAAAGGAGGCAGCUGGAAGAGUCCCAGGACUCACUCAGUGAAGAGCUGGCCAAGCUCCGUGCCCAAGAAAAAAUGCAUGAAGUCAGCUUCCAGGACAAGGAGAAGGAACACCUGACACGACUGCAGGAUGCUGAGGAAAUGAAGAAGGCACUGGAGCAGCAGAUGGAGAGCCACCGGGAAGCUCACCAGAAGCAGCUGUCCAGACUUCGAGAUGAAAUUGAGGAGAAGCAGAAAAUCAUUGAUGAGAUUCGGGAUUUGAAUCAGAAACUGCAACUGGAACAGGAGAAGCUCAGUUCUGAUUAUAACAAGCUGAAAAUAGAGGACCAAGAGAGAGAAAUGAAACUGGAAAAGCUCUUGUUGCUCAAUGAUAAAAGGGAACAAGCCCGGGAGGACCUCAAAGGGCUGGAGGAGACAGUGUCUCGAGAACUGCAGACUCUGCACAACCUCCGUAAACUCUUUGUCCAGGAUCUGACUGCCCGGGUCAAAAAGAGUGUGGAGCUGGACAGUGAUGAUGGAGGAGGCAGUGCUGCCCAGAAACAGAAAAUUUCCUUCCUGGAGAAUAAUCUGGAGCAGCUUACUAAGGUUCACAAACAGCUGGUCCGGGACAACGCAGACCUGCGCUGUGAGCUGCCCAAGUUAGAGAAGCGGCUGCGCGCCACGGCGGAGCGGGUCAAGGCCCUGGAAAGCGCGCUGAAGGAGGCCAAGGAGAACGCCAUGCGGGACCGCAAGCGCUACCAGCAGGAGGUGGAUCGCAUCAAGGAGGCUGUGAGAGCCAAGAACAUGGCCAGGAGGGCCCACUCGGCCCAGAUCGCCAAGCCCAUCCGCCCUGGACACUACCCGGCAUCAUCUCCAACAGCCGUCCAUGCCAUCCGAGGGGGAGGAGGCAGCUCUUCAAAUUCCACUCACUACCAGAAAUAAAUACGAAAUAUGACUCUACGUAGCAUGUCAAGGACUACAUUAAUCACCAAUUCCUCUAUUUUUCCCCUCCUACACAAUUUCCAUUUUCUUUUACACUUGCUUACCCCAGCCAUCUGCAGUACACCGGUUUCAGAUAGUGAGCUGUGUAGACUCUCUGUGUGUACAGAUGUGUGCUUGGACUUUUCUCUUCCUGAGAAACUGAAGGGGAUGAGUAAGAAGAUCCACUCACUCCUGGGAGCCAUCGCCACUGAUUUGGCCUCAAGGCAUUGUGUGGUCUCUGAGCCGUCCCGCCACUGCCCCUUCAGUGCCCCAUUGUGCCAUUCCCUGGAGGGAGCAACCAAGUGUGGUGGAGAUUGGAGACCACACGCUCCGCCACAGCUCUCUGGUUUCUUGUAAAAUAAACACAUCGUUACUUUAUAUUUUUAGGGAACAAAAACGUGCUGCUAUAGGGUUCAAAUUUUUCAUUCUGAACACUUUUCCGAAACAAAUUUCCCCAAGGAAGCAUUUUGAAUAUCCCCCGGUCACAUCUUUGGAUCUGUAAAAUAUACCUUUUAGUAUAUAUACUAAAUAUACCCGUUAAUAUGCAAAGCAAAUUUCUUCAAGGCAGAAAAACAAUCUUGACGGUAGCAAUGUAGAAUUUGUUCAUUCAAACGCAUCUACGCAAAUGCUAAAAGUUAUAAAAUUCACCUGAGCUGCUUGCUAUUGAACCUGCAGCAACUAAUCUCAGCCAGCCCAGUCUGAACAUCAUUCUUUCAGAAGUGUUGAAAAUGCCACUGAGUUGGAUAAGCGGAAGUGGGGUUGCCCCCCUCCUGAAUUUCUCCACCCCAACUCUUCUGGAGCUUGUAUCGAGGUUGGCCUCUUUCUCUGGGGAUCCAUCUUAAGCUUUGAGGGGGUAUUGCUGGCAAAAUCCAGGGUCUUUCCAUCAGUUGACAAUGGAAACCCUGGGGGAAAUAAUUGAAAAAUUUUUGUGCCUAUGAAUAAGUUGCCAUAAAUAAGUUAUUUAAACCCAUCAUUCCAGACUGAGUUCUGUGGCAUCAAAUAGAUAGGUUUCAUUUUCUUAGGCAGAAUUAGAAAAAAAUCAGAGUGGAUGGAUUU